AUUUUGUGAAAGACAGGAAUAACUUCUGAACACCACGUGAAUCACGUAUGGGGUUAUGGCACUCUCUGGCACCCAGGGUGGCCCAGAACUCUGGGUGAAUAUCUGUGGCCGUGUUGACACUGUGCAGUAGCUUGUUACUACUGCGUAGUAGUGUCGAGUGGCACAAAGCAUAACAUAAAGCGUGGCCCAAAGUGUGACGUGACACUACUGCAUAGUCAGCAUCACUUAAAAGUCCCUGGAUGACUUAAACAAAUGGAGUCUACUUCUUAUAACUCCCUUUAUUUAUGCUGACAAAAUAGUUGAAGCAGAACAGAUUGCAUUUGUGACAGAAAGUGUUUCUGCUCAGACAGAUAAUUUACAGAGUAUAUCUAGCUCUUCAAAAAAGAUUGUGAAGUGGUCAGACUAUUGUUCACCUUUGGCCUAUAAAUCUGGGGAAACAUUUAAAUUAAUUGCCAAAGCAAGUGUGGAUAAUUUCAGUAACCUUGGAAUAGCAUUCAUGGAAGACAGACUUCAAAUGGAUAAUGGAAUGGUGCCAAACAAGAUUGUUUCUGUUCAUUUACAGGAAUCUGCUCUUAAGAAGUUAGAACAGGUGGCCUCAGCUGUGGAAGAGAAGAAAAGUGCUAAUGGCACAGAAAUGGAAGAACUGACCCCUGCUAUACCUUUAGAGUCUACUGCUGAAUAUGAAUCAGAUGUAGCUGAUCCUCCAGGAGGAGGUGGUGAAGGGAUGCAAGCAGAGAGAUCCAAGCUAGAAAGAGGACAUGAGUCUCAGGAUGAAUCUAAUAACCUUCCUGAUAAAGAAACAGGUUUUGGAGAACACCACCAUCUUCAUCUUUCAAGCUGUCAUGAGUGCUUGCAACUUGAAAGCAGUACCAUUGAGUCAGUAAGAUUUGCUUCUGCAGAAAACAUUCCAGAACUUCCUGAUGAUUGCAGUGGCAGCUUGGAAGAAGUUACUGAUGACUUUCUGGCAAGAGACAUAAAAAGAAUAAAUCUUAGUGGGAAGCCUCCUAAUAUUUUGGUUUAUGUGGGUUCUGACUAUAUGAAAACAAAAUUUGAGCAGAUAGAAUCAAUCCUCAAGGAAUGCAUUGAUCCAGACAAUUAUGUAAUCUACCCGUUGCUGGAGAAGCAAAUUCUGAAAGUUCCAUGGCUUGAUAACUCUUUGUUGUUGGUCAUUGCCACAGAGGAACCCAUUUCUGAGGACAAUCAUAAACAAUUUCUGACCUUCUUGUCAAAAGGUGGAAAGAUUUUAGGACUUUCUACCUCUUUUACUUUUGGCAGUAUAAAAGUGAAGAGCAAAAAUGAACUGAAUAAGACCAUCCAUGAACUGGUGGUCUUUAAAGCAGACAACACUGAAGUUAAAUUAAACCUUUUGACUAGUGGCAGUGUUUUUGAGGAGGAUGUUCAGGAAGAUAUCAAGAAAGCAAGGCCACUGAGUCGCUUAAAUAAUCCAGAUAAAGAUAUAGUUAUUAUUCACCUGACUUAUGGAGACAUUAGAGGAGAAGCCAUUCUUUGUCAGAAUCCCAUGAAAAACAGUUACCUCAGUAACCACCUGAAACUCUCGACCCCUCCAAUCAGUCCUCUCUGUUGGUUGAGUGAAACAAGUACAGUACACUUGGAGCUAGAUAUCAGUUCUGUGGCCUUGCAAACUCAACAGGAUUUUAAUUCACUGAAAAUGAGUAAUGCCAAGAGAUAUGAAGUUCUUAAGGAGAUUCUGACAUUACUUGGCCUGAGUUGUGAAUUAAGUGAAGUUCCUUCAUUAACUCCUAUUUAUCUGUUCUCUCAUGAGAAGACCGUAAUUGAAAGUUUUUACAUGGGUGAGCUACCAACUCCUAUGAUCUGGCCUCCGGAUCUGGCAUCUGGAGAAAUCCAUGCUUCUUUUUUGAAGUGGCUACACCAAAAUGUAGAUGCUGAAGGAUUAAUAAAAUCCAGCAAGAUGUCUCUUAAAUUUAUGCCAUUUUACAAGCCUGAAAUGGAGAUAACACCAUGUCGAAUGCCAGUCAUCACUGAGCUGGGGGACUUCUCAUCUGAGCACUUCAGUGUGGAGACAUAUCGACAUAAUCUGCAAACAAAGAAGCUUGGAAAGAUUGUUCUGUUUGCUGAAGUAACAUCAACAACAAUGAAUCUUCUUGAUGGGUUGAUAUUCAAGUUGCCUAAGGAAAUGGGUUUAAUAGCUAUCGCAGUGCGACAAACACAAGGAAAAGGUCGUGGCGGAAAUGUCUGGCUUAGCCCUGUGGGCUGUGCUCUAGCAACUUUGCAUAUCUCUAUUCCUUUGGACUCCCAGCUAGGACAGAGAAUUCCAUUUAUUCAACACCUAAUGUCUGUCGCUGUGGUGGAUUCAGUUAGAUCUAUACCUGGGUAUCAGGAUAUUGACCUGCGAGUGAAGUGGCCAAAUGAUAUUUACUACAGUGACCUUAUGAAGCUUGGUGGGGUUCUAGUGACUUCUACACUUACGGGAAAAACGUUUCACAUACUCAUUGGUUUUGGAUUUAAUGUGAAUAAUAGCAACCCUACUAUUUGCAUCAAUGAUCUCAUCAAAGAACACAAUAAAAAAUAUGGCACAAAGCUCAAGUGCUUAACUACAGACUAUCUGAUUGCAAAAUCUGUAACUGUGCUUGAAAGACUGAUAGACACUUUUCAGGAAAAAGGGCCUAAUGGAGUUCUUCCCCUUUACUAUAAAUAUUGGGUGCACAGUGGUAAACAAGUCCGUCUCCAGAGCGAGGAGGGCCCAAUAGCAUGGAUUGUUGGUAUUGAUGAUUGUGGAUUCCUUCAAGUUCACGAGGAAGGCAAAGGUGUAGAGUCUGUGCAUCCUGAUGGUAACUCUUUUGACAUGCUGAGAAACCUUAUAAUCCCAAAGCAGCAAUAGCCGUCAAGUUUGGUAAAAAUGGCUGCUCUGAGAAGACUGUUUAAUAUUCAGGGUCUAUCAAUUAAACUUUACUGCAGACACUGUAUCAAGCCGGUUAUGAUUUAGAGCUUAAGUAUAGAAGCACUAUGCUCAUAGGCUGCCGGUUGCUUUUACAUUACUGUUUUAUUUCUGCUGGGUUGUCUAGCCAGUGGCCCAGAGGAACAGUUAGCAUUUUUCAUGUUGUAUACUUAAAAAAAAAAAAAUAGGGGUGAGAGGGAGCUAGGAGUUGGCAUAAAAUCGGUCUUUCCCUUAAGACUUGGUUUCUUCUUUCUUAGCCUGGACAUCUUACUUAGAAGCUGAUACAAAAGUUAGUGGCAUUUCUUUACUGAAAAUCCUUAUUCUUUCACUUGCCUCAACUUAAAAGUUACUGUUCAUUGUUAUCAUUGAAAAUAGGGACAUAGUUGGAAAGGAUCAGGUUUUACUGUUUCACUCAUGCAGUAGACUUACAAUCUAAAAUGCUUGUUUGUUUUUAAUAAACUCUCUACAUAAUGACAUUUUUUCCAUGGUUGUGCUUUGGGUAUCAGCAGUUAAAAUAUUUAGAUAACUUUCUAUGCAUUUUUAAAGAAGUGAGUUCUGCUUCCUUUAUCAGCUAUGGAGGACACACCUGAAAGAAUUCACACACAUCCUAAGGGCAAAUGGUAGGAAUAUUACAGUUCUGAGCUUAAGGCGCCACUCUGUAGGUAGAUUAAAAUUCACCUGUAGAAACCAGUAAGACACUUUUCAGUCUGGUUUUCUUCACAUGGGCCUCUGAAUCCUUCCUUCAUCUUAUAAUUCUGCCUUGCAAUAGUGAUAGACCUUUUGCACCUCUCAUGUAUGUCUGCCUUGUGUUGGGGCUUCUUUACCAUAAGAGCCUAUGAACUGAAUUUGUGUAAAGUUCCCAGAAUUGAGGUGUAUUCUGCUUUUCAUAUUCUAAGAUGGUUAACAAGAUAGAAAUAAAUCACCCUGUUCCUUCUUAAACCAUGGUCUUUCAAGAACGUUUUAUCCUGUGCCACAGUUGUCCAGUCCAGAGACUACUUAAUCACUAUUAUCCCCUGUCUCUUUUGCCAUAAAAUCCCUAGUCUGAGAAUGACUGUUAGGGUUCGAUAUAUUUAACCUGAUCUAUAAAACAACAAACUCUAUCCAGAUGUUAAGACAAGAGACAGAACCCUGCUUCUCAGGUCACCUGCAUAAGCAGUAGUGAAAAAAAACAGAAGUGUUCUUUAUUUGCAACUGGCUACCUGAAAUUCUGGCCAUUUCAGGUUCAUAUCAUUUCAAGUUCACAUCUAAAGGCUGCUUUCUGGAGGAAUGACCUCAAACCUAGUCUGCACACAUCAAGUGUGAACUGGUCAGUGGUCGACAUUGUUUCCUAGUGUGGGUUACCCAUUUGUGAGCUCCAUACCUCUUCCGUAAGAAGCAGAGCGCAACCACUUAGGCUCCCACAAAUAUGCUCCUGUCUUCUAGCCAGAAAUGGAUUUUUGUGGGUUAAAGUUCACUUAACAAAUAAUCAGAAAAUGUUAGUAGAUUGUCUCAAUUACAAAUCCAAGCAGUUUUAAGGAAAGGAAAGAAGCUGGCCUGUAAUGGUAGAUUAGGGUAAUCCUUACAUAUUGGAGUUUGGAUGAUUUGGCAAUAAAUUGCUGGAGAUUAAGUUGUCCUCAUUAUACUUAAAGUAAGGAUUUUGAGCUCCAUAUCAUAGUCUGUCUCUCACUUUUUUGGUUUCCCAAAUGGUAUGGUUCUUGCAUCAUAUAGGACUGUACACUCAAACUGUGAAAGAAAUAAUAGUAGAGUCUAAGCAGAGCUUGAAUGACUAAUUUAAUAUAGUGUAUGUGUUCAGUAAAGUCUGACUUUUUUCUUCCCACUACGUAUUGAUGAUGGAAGAAUAUAGCUUGGUUUUAAAGUGACAUUUGGAACAGGAACGUUUGGCUGCUAAUUUGGCAAAUACGUAUUAACAUAUAUUGCUGGGGCUGUUUAAAACUCAAAUCUGUCCGAUUUAGUAACUUCUUGAAAACAAAGAACAAAUCUGCCCAUGCAUUCACAGCUUCUGUGUCUAGAUAGGGCCCUGGUCUCCCUUCUUUGCCUAUCUUUCUUUCAGUCUGUACAUGUUACUACGUGCUAGGUGCAGAUGAAAGAAUUUCAACACUGCUUCUUUUUCCUUGCUAGCCUUACCUUCUAUCGCUAGUGAACAGAAAACUCAGCAUAGCUUUUAGCUUUUCUUAGUCUGUCUGAUUUCAUCAUGAAAACCUCCUCUUAAUACAGAGCAGCACAUUCCCAAUCUGAUUCUUGUAUGCCUGGAUUAGUUCCAGGAAGCUGCUGUUUGUGUUACAGUUCUUAAUAUAAAACCUGACUACCACAGAAAGGGCACAGCCGGCCAGCCUCUCUGUAAAGCAGAGUUAGCAUAGGUAGAGCCAUAUCAAACUACUGAUUAUUAUUUUUUCUGAACAGAGUUGAUUUUAAGUAGCCACCUUUGUUUGAUCUGGCCCAUACCAGAGUGACUUAAUUAGCUUGAAAUAGCCCUUGUGCAAAUUUUACUGUGAAAAAUUUCCUGAUAAAUUUUGUAAUUGAUAAGCCCUGACUGAAAAGCCUCCAGAUUCAAGUACAUGUAAACUUUAGGGAAGGUUGGCUCUAGAGCAGAAUUUGGUGCCUGUGCCUGGUAUAUUUCAUAAAAGAAAACCAAGACUCUGGGUCCAGUCGCUCCAAAACUUUGGGAAGAUUUUCAUCCACUUUCAGGUGUGAAAUGUUUAGCUCAGGCUGUAAUACUUUUGUACAGACCAGACCUGUAAGCCUACAAAAACAUUGUUGUCUUUACUGAAACUCACUAUAGGUCUGCCCACAUGGAUUGUUCUGAAGGACUGGACUGUAUGGCAGGCUUUAAUUUGAAUUACGCUUCUUAAAACAUAUUCACCCUGUGCCAGGACAGAUAAAAAGCCAAUGGAAAAAACUAUAAAAUGCUAUUCAUUAAGGGAAGAACCAAAUGUCUGUCUAACUUAGUUGCAAUGGCAAGGGUCUGUACAGCAGGCAGAUAUAUUACUUUAUAUAAAAUGCCAGUCUUUUAUAGUUGCUAUCGUUACUUUUUUAAUGUAUGUGAGAGCUUCUUAAUGAAAAACAGAUUUUUUGUUUUAAGUUUUGCUGCUAUUGUGGAAACUUCUGCAUUGGAAAAAGUUAUCAUUUAGUUUCCUUUUGGUAAAUGAAAACUAAUGAAGUGUAGACCUGUCACAGCACAAGUAGAUGGUGUGGGAAUACACUAUUUUUGCCUUUACGCUUAAUGGCCUAUUCUUGAGUGUACAAGACUACCUAUUGUCUUGAGGGAGGAAAAAGAGCCUUGAGAUGGAUGAAACAUUUGACUUUUGCUUCAGAAGUACCAAAGAAUUUUACAAAGAAAAUUCCUGUUUUAUACAGAACAGCUGAAUAAGUUCAUUCUGACUAGCAGCUGUUACUGUCAAGAAAAUACAUGGUCUUUCUUAUACCACACUCAUCUUAAGGUAUAUGGGGAACCCAGUCUGCAGUCCUUUUUUUUUGUGCCAAACUUGGCACAAAAAGUCAUAGAAUUUUUGUAUGAACACUAUUUUUUGCAACAAUUCCCUAUGCAAGACAGACAGAUGCAGUGUGGAAAUGUCUCUGGGCACAGGUAUAGAGGGAGCCAUCCCCAAAUCCAGAAGUAAUGCACUAAAAAUAUAUAAUAUUAUUAAAAUGUCUAGAUUAGUAAAACACCUCUUUCAUUGUGAGGCUGAUGUCAUAUCUCAAACUAUUUUCUUGAUGAAGUGCUUUAAAAUAUUUUAUUACACUGCCCAGGUUUCUGCAACUUGAGUUUUUCUCCUGGACUUGGUUAUAAAACUCCUCAUUACACACUGUACACAUAUCUGUAGAGAUUAUUGAUGGCAAAAUGUAUGCUGAGCAAGCCGGGGGAGUGUGAGGAUGUUUUAUCUAAACAGAUCUGAUGUGGUUUCCAGAGUUUUGAAAAUGUUAGUGUAUACUUAGAAUUAAGAGUUCAGUGCACUUUCCUCCUAUUAAAAUAUUUUAUAAGACUAUAGUGCAUUUUAAGUACCUAUUCAGAAAGUAUAACAUACUUAAAGGGCUGCAUUUCAAAAGUGUACUAAAAAUUAUUAUAUCUUUAUGCUGCAGCUCAGGUAUUUCAGGUAAGAAAAUAUUUUUGAAUAUUUGUUUUGGACCCUUUUUUGCUUUGGCCACUGAACUUUAAUAGUCCGAAAAAAUUCACAUUUUAAAAUUAGUUGGGCAAAUAGAACACAUACAGUUCUGCAAGAAAAAUUGCAGCUUAGAAAUAUUUGGCCUGGAAAAAAGGCAUACAUCAUUUGUGCUUGAGCUGAAUUGAUGCUUCUUUUAGUUGGGUUGGGUACCAGAGUUGAAAUGUAUUAGCUGGUUUCCUGGGGAGCUGGAUUUAUCCAAGUAUAUUACGUGCUUAUGCCGCUGUAGUGAUUCAUAGAACUGGCUGGACACCAAAAUAAUGACGUCUCACACUGAAAGUGCCCCAGGAACUUCAGGAAAAGUUCUGAAAAAAGUUCUGAGAAAAGUUCUUUCCCCCCAGGAAAAGUUCUGAUUGAGGACAAAGAUAAUGGCAACUAACAGAAUAUGGUUGUCCUACAGUUUUUGAGAGUGUGCGGUUUGUAUUAUAUAUAAAUACUCCAUUUACUUCCAGUCAACAAACCUGGUGUUCAGGUCUCCAAGAUAAAACUGUUGUUAUAAAUUCAUAGGUGCAGUUGCAAGCAAACAAAUUAAACCCCUGCAAGUUUAUAGUUUAAAAGAAUAAUCUCUG